GGGAUACAGGCUGCAGAGCAUCCACACUGCACAGGAAUACAGGCUGCAGAGCAUCCACACUGCACAGGAAUACAGGCUGCAGAGCAUCCACACUGCACAGGAAUACAGGCUGCAGAGCAUCUACACUGCACGGGAAUACAGGCUGCAGAGCAUCUACACUGCACAGGGAUACAGGCGGCAGAGCGUCUACACUGCACAGGGAUACAGGCUGCAGAGCAUCCACACUGCACAGGGAUACAGGCUGCAGAGCAUCAACACUGCACAGGGAUACAGGCGGCAGAGCAUCCACACUGCACAGGGAUACAGGCUGCAGAGCAUCCACACUGCACAGGGUACAGAGCAUCCCAUCAGCCUCAGGAGCAGAGCAUCCACCCCCAGGGAGCAAACCACCCGCAUCCAGGAGCAGAGCGUGUGUCUGGACCAGCUGGCUCUGCACAGAGGAUGCUGAGUUUGUUCCUGCCCUCCAUAGCUGGGGGGGUCCUGUCAGCACAUGGGAUGCAGCCCUGGGGGGCUGUGUGACCCCCAAACACAACACAGGAUCCAUCAGCGCGGAGCCAGGGUCACAGGAGACGUCACCGGUGGGCUGGGAUUUUGGGUCUUCUCCGCUGCCAGGAAUGGACGCUCAUGCUAAGCUGCCUAACGUCACACUUUGGGGGCAUUAAGGAACCCGUGGUGGAGUUUCUCCAGACUCGACGUGCCAAUGACUUGUGCCUCUUUUCUGAUCCUGCGAUCCAGAGGCGCUGUGUGGGCCCUGAGCGCGGCGGAAAUGGCUCAUAUCCCCAUGUACCUCAACCCGGCGAUGCUGGUCCUGUUCAGCUGUGACCUCUGCCUGGUGAGAGGAAACCGACCACCAUCUCCAGUCAAUGUGACGGUGACUCAACUCAAAGCCAACUCUGCCACGGUGUCCUGGGACGUCCCCGAAGGAGAUGUCAUCAUUGGAUAUGCAAUAUCCCAACAGAGGCAGGAUGGGCAGAUCCACAGGUUUAUCCGGGAAGUUAACACCACGAACCGCGCCUGCGUCCUCUGGGACCUGGAGGAAGACACGGACUACAUCAUCCAGGUCCAGUCCAUCGGCCUUUACAGCGAGAGUCAGGCAAGCAAGAGAAUCCAUUUCCGCACCUUAAAGGAGACCGACCGGCUGCCAUCCAACAGCUCCAACCAAGGAGAGAUCACGGUGCAGGGAGUGGACAAGGAGCGCCAGCUGGAGACCGGAGAGAUCAUCAUCAUAGUCGCGGUCCUGCUAAUGUGGGCAGCGGUCAUCGCCCUAUUCUGCCGACAGUAUGACAUCAUCAAGGACAAUGACUCCAAUAACAAUAAGGAGAAAGUGAAAGCGUCUUCGGAGCAGAGCACGCCGGAGCGGCAGACGGGCGGGUUGCUGCGCAAGAAGAAGACACCGUCUGUCAACAUCAUAGAAGUGUAAGGCAGGGGUGUCCACGGCCACGAGGCCACGUUCACAAAAUACCAAGGAGCACCAAGGACUGGAGACUUCUUAUAGCAAUACCACAAAGAACUCUGCCGCCGGCGGAGGACGUUCAAGGGCUCACCCUGUCCACUGUAACCACCACAGAGACCGUGCCAGCUGUGGCAAUACUGUGGACUCCCAACCCACCCCAAGGCGGAGGCAUCAUUCAUUCCACGAGAACGCACGGCACCUGCCCGGGGGCGAUGGACUUGGCCGUCCUGCCGGUGUGCGGUGUUCCUUUGCUUCACCACCUCACCCAAAUAAUCCCGCGCUGUAUGGGGUUAGUGUGCCUGCGCGUGUUAGGGCCACGGGGAAGCUCCCCCGCUGAAUGUUCUUCACAUGUUUUCAGGGCUUAAGUGUCAUAGAAACACGUUCAUGCUUCUGGUA